AUGCCCGGGCCGCGGCUCGUGACUCAGCCCCGGGGCCUGCCCGCGCCCCGAACCCGGGACCCGGACCCGAACCCCAACCCCGGGGAAGCGCCGCAGUGGACAGCCGGGCGUAAGGACGGCGGCGCCGGGCGCAGGGAGGGAGGACCGCGGGCGCCUGGGCAUCCCGCGGCGGCGCAGCCUCUCCGGGACCGCGACCGGACGGGACCGGGCGGCACCGCUGCUGGCCGCGCUGGCCGGGCCCGGCGGGCCGGGGUCAGGGGACCCGUGUGGACCGGCCGGGACCCUGCAGAGCCCGCCGUGGGCCGGAUCGGCUCGGCAGGCUCCGCGGGCCCGGGGUGGGGGACCGCUCGGACCCGGGACCGGGUUGCGCCCCUGCGACUGCUUGUCCGGGGCCCUAGGCUGGGACCUGUGCGCUGCGGACCAAAGUCAGGGGUCCUGCGGGCGGUGGGCAGCCGGAGCCCACCGUGCCUGGCGCGGGCGCAGGGGCCGACUGGCCUCAGUGCAGUCAGUGAAGGUCAAAACAGGGAACUUUGGGGAAGUUCCGGGCGGCAGUGGCCGGAGAUGGGGGGUCUCGGGGGCUUCUCCUGUCCUGCUGCGGAAGGCCGAAGCCAAGCUUUCAAUUAUCUCCCCUUAUCAGUGGAGUGGAAAAUAAUUCCAGGAAUGUCUGGGGAUUGUGUUAGGGAGCUGAAAUUCCUAAUGGCCUCUUGGCACGGGCAAAGUUUGGGGCAGGACCUGUCAGAAGCCCGAGCUGUUGUGCCUUCUCCUGGACGUGUAGAAGGCUCACCAGACCCAGCAGCCUGCGGCUCUGGACCCAGAAGACAGAGUCCCCCACGGAGGGCUGCCUUCCCAAAGGUUCCCUUCCAGCCCUCGGAACCCGCUCGCCUGUGCUCCUGUCCUCUAGGCUCCGGCUGGACACGGACACGGUCUCGGUCUUUGCACAAAAGAAGAGCCAGCAUCGGUGACAGAGCUGCCACUCCCACCGGCCCAAGAAGCACAGCCAGGAUCGCAGGAAGUCACAGAUCCUGUUUCAGCUCUGCUGGCCGGCCGCGCCAGCCCCGGGAAGGCUGCACUGCGUCCACUGGCUUCUGCUGUGAUGUCCGGCCACCCUCCCCUCCUCCCACAGCCGCCCGAGCCGAGGUCCUUAUGAAGUGGUGA